AGUCCGGUUUACGCCGGUUGACAAUUAUACCAAUCCGCGCCAAGAUGGCGGCCGGGCGGAAUAAAAUCCGCUGUAUUUUCUUCAGCGAGUUCCACCCCGUCGCGGGGCCGAAGAUCACGUUCCAGGUUCCCGAGGACUUCAUCUCGCAGAAGCUGUUCGACUCUGUUCACAUCUACAUCAUCACAAAGCCGCAGCUGCAGAACAAACUGAUCACACUGGACGCGCUGGGGCACCGGAUCAUAGGCUGCCCCGUCUGCAUAGAGAACGCGAAGUACUCCCGCAACGCGCUGCUGUUCAACCUGUGCUUCGUGUUCGGGUCGGACGCGGACAGCCAGCGGUACGAGCCGGUGGUGAAGAAGCUGGCCGGGUACCUCACCACGCUGGAGAUGGAGACCGGCUUCCUGUCGGACGAGCAGAGCAAGCAGAAACUGCCGGAAGUCAUGCAGGAGCUGCUGACUCAGCUGAACACCUGCGGCACCUGCAGCGUUCCCAUCAACGAGUCCAACACGCUGCACCUGAAGGUCGUGCCGACCUCCGAGGAGCCGCGAGUCGUCUUGGAGCAUCACGUGCCUGUUUUCCUUCAAGACAAGGAGUCGUUUGUGUCGAGCCAGUGGGACCUGACCACACAGCAGAUCCUGCCGUACAUCGAUGGGUUUAACCACGUGCAGCGGAUCGCGCAGGAGGCGGACGUUGACAUCAACCUGGUACGGAUCUGCGUACAGAACAUGCUGUACUAUGGAGUCAUCACCCUGCUGCCCAUCUUUCAGUACUCUAACGUGUACGUGUGCACUCCUGACGUGCACUCCCUGGUGCAGGACGCCAGGCUGCAGGCCGAGUGCCUCGCCUACGUGUCCAAGCACCCCGGCCACACCCCGCCACGCUUCCGGGACGUCUUCGCGCUGUACUGCGGUCUGGGCGCGGGAACGACCGUGCGCGACCUCUGCACGCGCCACGCCGCCCAGCUGCAGAAUGUGGACGAGCGGCGGCUGAUCCAGUUCGGCCUGACGAAGGGGCUGAUCCGCCGCGUGAGGAAGUACCCCGUGAAGCUGACCUCGGCCGAGUUCGGCACCGCCAAACCGUGGGCGCGCUGGCUCACGGGACUGCACAGCUACGACGAGAUCUGCUGUAAAACUGGCAUGACUUACCAGGAACUGGAGGAUAAAGUAGAGAGUGAUCCACACAUCGUUGUCUGCUGGAAAUAGAAAUAAACAAACAAAUA